AUGGAGCGGGAGAGUUUGGUUUCUCAUCCGCCGCCGGCCCCGGCGCCGGAGAAGCAGCGUCGUCGCGAAAAGCAGCGUUUGAAGGCGGCUGUGUUUGCGUCGAAGCUGUCGGCGAUGAAUGGUCGUCGACACGCGUUAAGUUUCACGACCAUAUUUUACUUCCUGGCAUUGCACAAGCUGGAUCGGGAGAUCCUGGGGUCUUCACCACUGGUUGUGCGCCAAUCCCUUUUCCUACUGUUUGCGCAUCACGUGGUUGCCCGCGGCUGCGAAGUGAAGCAACUUAUGGGUUUCAAACGCGCGUGCGAUGUAAAACGGCGUCAGGAAACACUUUGGCGUAAGACGCUUGAAUGGAUGCGACUCGCCACCGCCGCUGCCGGCAAGGCGCUCGAAUUACACUCUGAAGACCGCUUCUUCAAACGCGUACUCACUGGACUCGAAGAAUUCACCGACCUUACACUCUUCCCCAGAGACGUCGAAACACGUAGCGCACGCGUCGGUCAAACUGUUCACGACAAGCAAAACGUCGUCUUGAACCCCAUGUUCGCCAAACGUCUUCUCCUCAACUACAGCGAAGCCUUCCGCGUCUGCCUCACACAAACUCUCCAACACGGGCCUCUCGAUCCAGACCACGAAGGACCAACCGGCCGAGGACCAACCGGCCGAGGACCAGCCGGCAGGGGACCAGCUGGCGCAGGACCAACCGGCGCAGGGCGACAGGGACUCGGCAGCCAAGAGGAGCGCGGCCUGAAGGAAGGGGGCGGUAGCCAAGAGGGAAUGCGCCCCCCGGCCGCGGCCGUGGCCAAGACAGUUCCCGCCAUCGGCAGUCAGUGCGACGGCCGCCAUCGGGACGCUGUUCGGCCGUCCACCGCGCGCGUGCUUUCGACGAGCAAGCUGUUCCCGUUCAGCCGCGAGGACUGCGCCGACCCGGAAGACGGCGGUUCGAGUCCACGCAAGGCCGCGGCGACGACGACCAUGACGGCCGACAGCUGGAGCGUGUCGAUGGCGAUGGAGAAGAUUCUGGCGCUGCAGGACAAGUUGACGGACGCGGACAAGAUGCGGGAUAAUCGGGUCAUUGCGGACAUCGCCGAACGCAUCAAGCACCUACCCACCCUCACGCAGGACCUGCUCUUAAACGCCAUUCCCGUCGCCGUGCCCACAUCUCACCUACCGCUGCAGCGGCAACUAACGCGCAGAGCCACACGACGACAGACAUCCGAAGGCGGGCAGACCUCCCUCGAAUCCAGAGCCAGUAGCGCACGCUCCGCCCCCGUGGAGCCACACUCUUCACUGCCUCAGUUGUCGCGGCCCCAGUGGUCUCAAUCCCACCCCCACUCCCCACAACCCCACUCGCCGGAAUCCCGCUCAUCUCAGCCUCAAUUGGGGUCCACGCCGCCUUUGCUGGCGAAGACGUCGGCAGAGCCGCUGGAGGACGACGAAGACGACGACGACGGCUCCGUCUCCUCCGCCUACACGGUCGAGGACUGCAUGAACCUACCGCCCGACUUGGAAGACGUCGCCGAACUCGUUCCCGGUCUC